UUUCGAAAACAGAAAAACAAGAUUUUUAAAUUAUCUUACGAUUUUGGGAUCACGGGUACAACAUAUGGGAAUAAAAAUGACUAGGCAGCAAGGUCUUCAUCCUUUGCCUAAUGCAUGUAUGAUGUGCUAAAAAUAAAUUUACCUGGCACUCGCUGUGGCGGGAAUUUAAUUUUUGUUUGAACCUCAAUGACCUAAUUUUAAUAGGUUUGGAUUCAUUAAAAUACACAUUGAACGACUUUUAGAACCAGUUAAAUUAUAUUGUUUAUGGAUUUAAUACUCUGUAAUAAAAAUGCAGUAUGCUUCAAGGAAAGAUAUUGAGGAUCUGCUAGAAUUAUUAAGUACAACGAGGGACAUCGAAGUUCAAUCCAAAAUAUUCUCUUUAUUCUCCUGCUACUUGGUUUCUAGGAAUAGUACACACAAGGACUUGAUCAUCACGAGUCACUAUGUUUAUGAUGGAAUAUACGGCAUAUUGAGCUGCGGCCUGCCAAAAAAGGUGACGAUAGCCUUGAACUUCGUUUCGGCGUUGGUAUUCGAGGCUGAAGACGAGGCUUGCACGACGAAACAGACCUUAGUGCUGCAUGCGCGGAAUAUGAUGAGAGUCAGCGGCUGCUUGGCUAUUAUGUCCAAUAUUUUCAAUAGCUGCAUGGUGCAUCAUGAAACUUGGACAGCACUUUGUCGAUGUCUCUCUGAAGUAUGCAGCCACUCCCGGGAGAACCAAAGUUAUUGUUCGGACCUUAUUACUACGGGAAUCCGCCGUUGUACAGCAGGGGACACAGAAUCCUAUCAAGUCCUACAAAGCUUGUUACAUAAACAUGACCAAAAUACACAGCAGUUCAUUGAAAGCAAUGGGUUCACCAUAUUAACAAGGGACAAAUUACAUAAUGCCUCUUGUUUGAAACUCGUUAACGUGAUAGCCCAAAACUCAAAAGCUGUUAUACUGCUAGUGAAUAAAACAGAAGUCAUCGAAAUUCUACGGGAUUUCUUGAAUCUGUAUGGAAAAGAAUCCACGAUUGGACAAUGGGCAACUUUAAUAUUAUACAAUAUUAAAACACUAUUUAAAGAACUAGACAAACAGGAAACUAAAGUAAAUUUUGACCUCCACUAUUAUUUUAAUAAUGAUAAUACGAUACAUAAACAAAUAUCAUUCAAAGAUUUUGACAAAGAACCCAAAGAAACUAAAGCAAAUGCUGCAUAUAGAUUUUGUGUGAAUAAUGAAACCAUUACCAAUUAUAUGACGCACCAUGACGAUACUACAGAACUUUUUCAAAAUGUAUUUCGAGAACUCAAACGAAGUCAAAGAUACGACGUCAAUAUCGCUGCAACGGCACGCAGUGAGAAUAGCAUUAGACAAAACAUAAAAAGUAAAGCUAUUAGUAAUUUAAUGAAACCCCCUUAUUCUUCUUCUGUAAAAAAAAUGAGAACAUGUUUUAGAACGGAACGUCCAAAUUUAUCUGUUCGUUCUCCAAACAGAGUUAUUAAACAUUUAGGCAUUUCUCCAAAAAAACUGCGUCAUGAUCUUUCAUUUUCGUUUCUACAAAACGACAGUUUCAGUUUCAAUAAAAACCCUAAAUAUAGAAACCAACAACAAAUUAUAAGUUUGAUAUCAUCACAUACAGAAAAACCAUUUCUUGUAACAAAUACAAGUGUUAAUAUCAAACAGGAUAUGCAAGUAAAUAAUGAAACGAAGAAAAAUAUAUACAAUUCGAAUAUAACUAAAUACGAAGAAAUCAUAAAGCAAAAUGACGAAGAUUUUACAAUAGAAUUUAUGCCAACUAUUGUUUCUACACCAAAAAGAACAAAGCAACAAUUUCGUAAUUCAAGGGAAAUUAUAAAAGAAGAACGCCAAAACGGGCUAGAUUCGAUAAAACACCAAAGAUCAUCUAUGAAAGUUGUUAAAAACAAAUCAUUUAGUGGUAGAUUUUUUAGCGCCAUAAACGACUCCUGCACAAUGUUUGUAAAAACUGUCAAAAAUAUUUUUACAACUAAAAACAUAGACGAAGAUACAGAUCAGACAACAAAAGACGAUCAAAGCGCAGCCAUAAAUGUAAACACAAAGAAAGCUCAUUCCAAUUAUAGUUUUAUGCAUUACAUGCAACGUCGAGAUGCUAUGAUGCACAAUCAGUGUGGAGAACUUAGUACUAAGAAGAGCGCUAGUUUGUGCGAAACUUGUAACGACACAGAGCUGCUGAAGCGUAAAUUAGAAAAAGAUUAUAAACUUAAACAAACUGUAAAGAAACUUAAAUUUGGUAUUAAUUUAUAUGGCUGUGAUUUUAAGAAAAUAUCUUCAUCAAUGUGGCCCCGCGACUCAUAUAUGACCCCUACAGUUUUAUACAAUCUUUACAGAAAGUUGAUUGUUAAAUAAUAAAGAUUUCGAUUAAAAGUAUAAAGUGUAUAGUUUAAAUAGUAAAAAAUAAAAUACGUAUGAAUAAAUUUUCUAUCG